GAGCAAUAGCUGCUAACCGAGAGAACCUGCGAGAGAGCGAGAGCGAGAGCGAAGAUGGGGGGUGGAAUGGAAGCGCACAAGAACAAGUUCAUAGAGGAGUGGGGCUCAGCGCGCGAGAACCUCGAGCACAACUUCCGGUGGACUCGCCGGAACCUCGCUCUCGUCGGCAUCUUCGGCGUCGCCGUCCCCUUCCUCGUCUACAAGGGCAUCGUCCGCGAAUUCCACAUGCAGGAUGAGGAUAAUGGAAGGCCAUACAGGAAGUUCCUCUGACUGGUUUCGAAGUGAAAUGCCAUAAUAAUUCACUGUGGAUGUACCUGAACCACAGAAUUGGCUUUCAAGUUUUUCUUGUGAAUCUCUGUGCUGUCUUUUCAGUAUUUUGAUGUGUGGCAACUUAAUGCUGAUGGUGGAACUUCUAUUCUUCCAAUUUCUGUGCUUGUUCAA